AAAAAACACUGAACAAAGAGGACUAAAUGUACCUUUAUUCCAGCAGCUAAGUUAUCAAGGAAUCAACGGCCCUGUGCAAAUCAUAGCGGACUCAGGUGAAACAGCCUUAAAGAAGACCGCUUUCUCCCCGGCCGUACCCUUUGUGGGACUCAGAGGCCUAUCAAUAUUGAUCGAAGCAAUAUGAACCACGUAGAGCUAUCGCAAGACGCACUGGACGUUGGAGCCGUUCUCGCACAGGUUGGAUCUCAUGACUGCGGCGCCAUAUCGGUCUUCUUGGGAACCACACGCAAUCACUGCGAUGGAAAGACUGUGGACAGGCUGAGUUACGAAGCGUACGCGCCCAUGGCGAAGCGAGAAAUGCUGCGCAUCUGCGAAGGCAUUCGUGAACGUUGGGCCGUGAAGAAUGUCGCCAUCGUCCACCGUCUGGGAGAAGUUCCUUUGGGCGAAUCAAGCGUGCUCAUUGCCGUCUCCUCCGAACACCGCCAGGAGGCGAUGGACGCGUCGAAGUACGCCAUCGAAGAGCUCAAGCGACGUGUGCCGAUUUGGAAGAAGGAGCACUACAAUGACCAUGACGACCAGUGGAAAGCCAACAAGGAAUGCUUCUGGACCGAAAAACGCUGAACGUUUGCACUUUUGAAGCAAGGACGCUGAGGUUUUUCGAGCUGUUGUUUUACGUGUUGAGUGGGCUUCAUAAAGUCGCGGCUGUCUCAUUGCGCCGUGCCUUAGAGAGCCCGUCCAGCGUUCCUGAAGAAGGACCGACGGUUCAGCUAUAGUUUGCCUUUUCUACAGGCUAUUCAGCCUAGCUGGCUAGCGGUGGUCUUGUCUGUUUUCCGUUCGUAGCUCUUGCAGCAGUAAUUUACGCCAUAUUCCGGCUAAAGUUGCAGGAUUCCUACUCGGUUAUGUCUGUUCUUAAUUGAGUAGUGUUCCUGAGUAGCCUUAGCGUUCAUUAUACAGUGCUCUUGAAACGUGGUUUUAACAGACUUUAGUGUUAAAGGGCGUUCCUCUUGUUCCUGGUAAGCUGUUUCCACGGUACCAUAUCGGAUGCGUAAUGCAAGGUACGAUUCUUAGUGUUGAACUCCUCGUUAUUCUCUUGUUGUGCCCUUUCGAUAUUAUAUUUGGUGAAUGUAUCCUUUGCAGUGUUUUGUAGGUAUCAUGUUAUUUUGUUUAGGGUGCAGGGAUAUGAUUAAUUGAAUGCUGGUUCUUGGAUGUUCGCGGACGCUGGGGUUUCCUUCCUUUUGUCUUCGGAAAAGUGCACGGAAGAGGGAAACACACUCUGUUUCGGACUGAGGUGUCUCUGUGUGUUUGACGAAUAUUACUGCAUGCAGAUUCAUUUCACAUUUUUUGCUGGUGUUGGGAACAUGCGAUGCCUAUUAUUUUAAAAUACUAUUGAGUACGCAAUGUAAUGCUGCCCAGAACGUCAAUAAAAAAUGCUCUGAUGA